AUUGGCUGUGACGUCUGCCACCCCGUGGUGUGCACGCAGAAGAUGAAAUUUCUGCUCAAGGAGAUCAGGCAGUGCCAUAUUACAUGGGUUUGAUGAUACUUCAGUAUCCAAAAUAAAUAUUUCUUGAUAAUGGAUGUGCUUGAGUUUACAGAAAAAGGCAGUCCAGAGGAAAGACAAGUCUUAGAUAUUGUUGAAGGUGGCUACCUAUAUCAGAAGAAGUCUAACUGGGAGGUUGGAAAAGUGGCACGUGUUUAUAAUGAUAAUCUUAUGGAGAUUUUCCAAUCCAAGAAACAGGAAAUGAUUGCAGAGGGCUGUAGUCAAUGGCAAACAGAAGAGUGGUAUGCAUUUUCCAUUGAAAAGAAAUCUGUGGCUACAAAGAUUUGCACAUAUGGAUUGAAAUCUAGACAGAGCAAUCUGAAUGGAGGCAAAUACCUAUUAGGAGAUCCUACGAAAGGAGUCACGGUGUACAAGUAUUCAGAUGUGUGUCAGGGUUGGGCAGAAAUUCAAAGAUAUUCCGAGCCAAUAUACAUGGUGGUGUAUAAGAUAAUGUUAGGUAGGGCAAAGUAUGUUGAUGUAAAUCCAGGAUGGACGUCUCUGGACUUAGUUCAACCAACCUUGGGGUAUCACAGUCACAUCCCUAAAAUCAAACCUUCCUGCAAUGAUAGGCUUCAGGAUGCUGUGAAUAAAUCCAGGAUUUACCUUUAUGAGUUUUGCGAGCAAAAAGGUUUUUCAAGCUGUCCCAGCCAUUGUGUUCCAGUAGCACUUGUGGAAUUCUGGCAGUCCAGCAAAACAGAAGCAGCCAAGGCUACCUUGCAAAGAAGCCGCAGCUGGGAUAACAGUUUACCAUUCAACAAGAAAAUGCCUGGCAAUAAACAUAAAAGACAAGGAUCUGAAGAAACUGACCAGUUAAGUAGAUUUGGGAGGAGAAUCAUAGAAAAAGUUAAUACAAAAAAGGCAGACCUUGUGAAAAAAGAGUUUUCAGAUACAAGCAGAUGUGUGUGGAAGAAGAAGACGAAUGUUGUAGCUGAGCAGAAGUUGAGUAUCAGCAAUGAGGUUAGUGAAAGUCACAAGAAAACCCAAGAGGAAAAUGGCAGGGAAUUAUCUCAUUUCGUAGAAUUAUCUCAUUUCUACCAAGUAGUCAAGUCAAAGAUUUCAAAAAAGAAACAAAAGAAUAAAGAUCAAAAUGCAAAUGCAAAUGAAUCAAGUGUAAAAUCAGAGAAAAAGAAAAGGAGGAGGAGGAAGUCUAAAAGGGAUGCAGAGCAGAACAGCAAUUUGGUCAGCAGUACAACAGAAAUUGAAGAAAUGAGAAAAAAAGAAAUAAGUGAAGAGCAGCCUUCAGAAGUGAACAACAACAGUAUGAAUACCAGUCCCUGUCAAAAGCUACCAAAUGUGCCAAAUACUGGGAUUAAAAGAAAGAUGUUUCGAUCAUUAUCUGAGCGUUUUGCUACCGUUCACCAGGAAUGUGAAGAGGCUGAAAGCAAUGCAGCUUUUCUAGCUUCUCUGAACAAGAAAUUUGGGGACACAAGUGGCCUUUUACCAGCCAAGGUAGCUAAACUUCACCCAGAAAAUACUUUAGAGCAAAGAAAGAAUAAAGUGCAGAGGAUAAACAAGAAUGAAGAUGUAUUUUAUGACACAGGUACUUCAUUAAAACAGGCAGACACACAAAAUUUUCAUAAUGUGGAUAAAAAAGGUGCUGUGGAUGUCCAAUCAGCCCAAAAUUUGCCAAAUAUUUCACUCCCUGAUCAAGUUUCUGCACAAAUACAUUCCAAAGAUAGUAAAAAUGUAGUACCUGGCCAUUCAAAGGAUGGAAUAAAGGAUGUCAAAGGGACAAUUGGAUCAGUUCAAGGUAAAAAACAACCAUAUGCAGAAUGUCUGAAAAUGGCAAAACCUGUGGACCAGGAAGGUCAGAAUCUUGCCCAUAAAGUUGGUGUAUCUAGGCAUCUUUUUUCUGACAGGCAAGGUAAAGAACUUGGAGACACACAUGGUAAGUCACUGCACCAGACUUGUGGACAAAACCAAGGUACCGGUUUUACUAAAAGAAGAAAGAAGUCCAGAUGUAGAAGCCAAACAGUGGAUGUGUUUUCCAGGUCGCAUCAGGAGGCUUUGAAAGCAGAGGAGGACCAGAUGUUUGAAUGGGAGAUGAGUCUGUAUACAAGCAAUACAAGAUUUGAUCGAAAGCCUCUUCAUAUUCGUUCUGUAUCCAGCAAUGGGCAUGUGUCAAGCCAGGGCCAGACUGAUUUAGAGUUGAGGUCAAAGGGUCCAACAGCUCCAUCACCAUCAACAUACAUGGCAGAACAAAGAAGGGAUUUUGAGGAACCGCCUGUUAAAAAUUUCGACUGGACAUCCAAUAUGUACCACCCUCCUACUAGUCGACAUACCCCACCUGAUACAUCUGAAAGAUGCCUGGUUACAAAGUUCCCAAAGGAACCAGAGAUAAUUGUGAAUCAUGGGUUGCAGACACCUUCAAAGCCUAAACAUGUUCCAAUGGCAGAAACCAGCAGGCAAUAUUCAGCAUAUUGUCCACCACCUACGAGCAAAUUGGAGAGGUCGCAGAAAGAUUUGGAAGCACCUGAAAGAAGAAACUAUCCUGGACUGCACACUCCACCCCUUGUAAACAACAAAUCUGAUGACAGCUUGGUGAUGCUGGAGCAUGCUGGAAAACAUUCAGGCCUGCGUAUGCCACCUUCUCCAAGAGCUGGUCCAUCACAAAGCUCUUUGAUGGGUCAGUAUGGGGGAUUAAGAAAACCUCCAGGAUGCAGUGACCAACUCAGUGGGGGGCCAAGAAAGAGGACAGCUCCAAGAUAUGAAGUGCCUGAGCAAAUUUUUAAUCAUGAAACCAUUGUUCAUCGUACAGACCCUAGAAAUGUGGCAUGGGGGCAAAUUUCUAAUCCUGAAAGCACAGUCAAACCUAAUGCUUGUGAGGUAAAUUAUGGAGGAUCAGAGUCUACAAUAGGUCUGCUGCUUGAACAAAAGAAAAAUGCAAAGUCUGAGGCAGAUCUAGCUGCCAUACAAACGACCAUCAAUAUCCUGCUUUCAAGUCUCCAGGAGGGCAUGCAAGAAGAGGCCCACACUGGGGACAAUACAAAUUUGGAGGUGGUGGAUAUGGAAAUCUCGGGCUCAGAAUCUGUCAGUUUAGGUUAUGAUAAUCAAUCUAAUCUUCACCAGAUAAGUUCCCCUGUCCUUGGAAAUGGUGGCAACCAACAGGAGGAUAAAAAUCCCAGCAGAUUAUUCAGUAAGAAAAGUUGCACAACCAGUGGUGUGAAUCCCAGUUUACAAAUUGGCAAUUUGAAAGAAAAGGAGGGCACAGCAGUGCGGAGAACAGCACCAGAGACUGCUGGUCAGUUCCAUGGACGCACGCUGCUGAGGGGCAAGGAGGUCCCUCCAAGGUACAUUCCACUGAAAGCAAAAGGGGAGUGUAAACUGGCAGAUCCUAGAGCUGAAGUAUAUCCCCAGAGAGAGAAAUGGAUCCCUCCAAAUUAUCCCAAGAAAUCUGAGGUGUUUUCCGAUGAGGUGAAUACUUCUGAUGCCAAGUGUGGAAAGGUUGAUUCAGAAACACUGUCAAACAAAGAGUCAGAUAAGGAACCACGGAGUGGUAGUGACCUGAUGAAAUUCCUAAUGAACGCUCUACUUGGAAAAAAAGCAAUACCAAAGUCGGAUCCCGAGUCUAAAAUUCCAAAUGAUGCUGUGACUACAACUGUAUUACAAUUCCCAGGUGAAAAUAACCAAGAGUCAACUGCCAUAAAUGAUGACAAGCAAUUAUCUUCAAGUAAGUGUGAUCAGAAAGAGUGGAAGGCAGAGGAAAGAUUCAUUUCCACAUUACAACAGGGAAAAAAACCUUUCCAAUCCUGCUGUGAAAGUGAAGAAAUGAUUAUAGAUUAUUGUGGACAAGACGUGGGCUUGCCGCCAAAUCCUCAAAUGAGCUUCUUCGGAAGAGAGAAUGAACUGUUCAGUAUGUUAUCAGAUAGGAACACUGAUGAACAAAAAUAUUUGGGUACUGAUGUUCCACAUAGAAAGAAAUGUGGUGAAAGUCCUACUCCAAAGGGUCAGAAGAUACAAACUGUCGUCACGUCUACCAAAUGUUUAACUCAGCAACCAAAUUCAUGUGGGAUUGCAGGCCAGGAAAAAUUGUCUGAGUUUGCUAGUGAGGCAAAGUCAUCAGCUGGCUUUUCUGGAGAGUCCAAAGUGCCUUUGAAAAAGAGCAGCACUGAGCCCAAAACAUGGAGGCAGUUGGAGAAUGUGGCUUUGCUUAAUGUUGGCACAUGCCAAUCAUCCUUUUAUGAAGUGGACUAUGAAAGGCAGACUGCAUUUCCAAGCUAUUGCCAGGUUGUGCAUCGGGAUUUACCAGGAAUGGAUGUUUGUCAAAGACCAGUGACAAUGCAUAUGCAAUAUAGCCAUAAUGAAAGGCCACUGGCACCAAGUUAUGAUGAUGCAAUUCUCAGCUACCACUAUACAUAAGAAACUCCGUAGCUCCAUUGGCUGUUACAAAUUGUUUGUUUGGUUAGGUAAUUUCAUGUGCCUUUUCAGUGCAGGUGUUACUUCUCAUCCUUGUACUGUAUCUCAUAAGACUGAUAUUCAAGUUUUUAGCCAUCUAAAUUUGCAUGUGUAUUUGUGUGCAUUUGUCCACUCUGUGUUGGUAAUUAGGCUUGUGUACAUGUGUUUGCAUGCAUAUCAUGGCUGUUUAUGUGUGGGUGCAUGCUGUGGCUCUGUUGUAUGCGUGUACUUGUACAUGUAGCUUUACUUAUAAUAGUGGUAGGCAGAACAUCUGAACAUUGGCUCCCAAUGUCUAGCAAUUGUGAGCAUAAGGCCCCAUUCAGAAUAGGUGACCUGAGUACUAACUGAUCCACUGACUAAAUGUGGCCAACCACACUUCAAAAGAGAGGCCACUGAUUCUUGAUGGUCCCCUGCCUCCACAUGGGCCAUUGCUGCAGGGGGCCUAGCAAUUAAACCUUGGAGCCGAGAUUUAAUCCAUUUAAUGGUGCGUGUGGAGUUGGGUAGGCCGUCAGGAAUAAGCGGCAUCUCUUUUGAAGUGUGGUCUGCCAUAUUUAGUCAGCGGAUCAGUUGGUACUCGGAUCAUCUGUUCUGAAUGGGGCCCAAGAUGUGUUGAAAAAGACACUUUAUAAAUGUUGGUGAAGGAGUUUUUAGUACACUUUGAUUAAACUGUUUUAGUAGUGCCAUGAUAUUAUGAUGGAGCCACUGCAUUCUCUGAUAAGUUUGUUGUUUAAUAAGCCCUUUGUAGUGCAAUUUGAGGAGUAGCAUACCUGCUUUCUUAAUCAAGUCUACAAGAAACUUGGUUUUGAUUUUAAUCAGAUCAUUGUAAUUACGUUUUGCUUUGAGAAGUCUAAUCAAAUGGACACAGAAGUGGACAUUUCUGUUGUUUCCCAAAUGCAGUUUUUUUUAAUCACCAGUGAUUCAGAAAUAAUUUUUAAACUGUAUAUGUGGCUUUUUUCAUUGCAGAGUUAGAAGGAAGUGAUAUAGAUUAGUUUUGUUUGAACCACUAGCAAAAAUUAAUUUAGUUGCCUGGGACUAAGGCUGUGUUCAAAAUAGAUGUUAGCAUACCAGCAGGAUCAGUGUAGCUUAGGGGGGGAUUCUAAUUGCCUGGCAUGCCCCCUUAUAACUUAAAGUGCUUGGGAAGAUUCAGGAAAAACUAGUGGUCCAUGAUAUUGUUCAUGUUGUCUAGGAAAUAGAAACCUGCUGAGAUAGAUCUGUCCUGCUUGUAUGAUAACUUAGGGUGCAUUCUCAUAGAUUUUAGGUCGAUCUAUCCCCGUGGGGAGUCUCACUAGAUUACUGUCAGAUAAUACGGCUAAAAUGUCCGUCAUGACUACUUCAAGCUGUAAGGGGGGUAAUUAACUUUUGUGCCUGCUCGGCUGACAGCUAUAUAGCGUGAACCCCCAGGGAGUUAUGUCAAUCUAGUUAAAUCGAUCUAUUUUCUGGGAAUGGGGUCUUAUUUUCUGAACACACCCCAAGUCUUCAGAGCAUUUAAUUGUUGGUUUUAAUUCAAAAGUGAAUAGAAGCUAAUAGAAAGGGGACUAAAAUGUUGCUAACUUGCAUUGAGAUGAUCAUAUACUGUAGAAAUAACUUUUUGAGGAUUCAUUGUUCUAGUUAUGAAAUUUGUACUAGCUAGUAACAUGUAAGGCAAUUUAGAUGUUGCCAUGAUGUCAACAGUUAAUCCAGUGAAGAGAAGCUCUAUAAAUCAAGAUUCUUUUAUAUUUUGUCUCUUAACCUGAACCUAACAGUGGUGUUAUAGUUAUCAAAAUGAAAUUUUAUGAUGGGCAAAAAGUUUUGACCCAUAUUAUUAGCUACUAGGAACAUUAUUGGUUUCUCCCACUCUGGAUGUGUACAGAUACGAUUGAAGUUUUUGCCACAAAAGGCACCCAAAUGCUCACGUAUAGUUUCAAAUAGUAUAACUUACAGAAAUAGCAAAAGAUAUUGUUUAUUGAAAUUCGGCUCCUAGCAUUUUUCAUCAUUGUAAAUGAAACCCUUCAUAAAUGUUCCUUCCUUUUUGGAAAGUACUUAAUUUGAUAAAAAAAAAACAUGCUUUCUAACGUUUUAUUAUUUUACCAUGAAAUCUUAACACACACAAAAAAAUACUGGUACAAAAAGCACAUAUAGUUAUGUUUAAGUACUAUGGUAGAGAUCAAAGCUGGUGUACAAAACGUUCAUUUACAAUGCAAAACUUUUGCAAAUUUUUUCCAGACCUAGAACUGUUUGCAAAUACAAAAUCUUGGGGCAAAGGUCUAUUAUUGGCAGAAGGAAACAGUGAAUGUAACUGCCAAGUUCCUGAAAUAUUUUUAUUUCAACAAUCUAUUCAACAGAAAGUUGUCUUCUUAAAAGUUGGAAACCACAUGUACUUCUUGAGUGGAAAAUGCAAUUUAGACCAGAUUAAAAUAAUUAAUUCAACAUUACAACUUGCUUAAAAACUUAACAUAUCAACUUUUAAAAUCCCAAGUUGAUAUCCCUGUUCUAAUAUAACAAAGGGCAUUUUAACAAGAUAUAACAUUUUUUUUUCAAAAACGGAAGACUAAUUCCAAAACCACUGAAAUGAUAUACCAGUACAUUUAACUUUAUGUAAAGUUCACUAAUGAGAAUAUUGGUCUUGGUGUGUAAAAUGAACAAAAGUCGUCAAUAAAUUUGGCUCACAUAACUAAAUUAGCUAAUGCCACCAAUGAGAGCAAUAAUCAUUGUCAAGACGAGCAUGACUUAUUCUUGGGGCUUGGUUAAAAGACCAAAACAAAUCUUCAAUAGAUUGCAAUUUAGAGAACUUUUAAACGUGACCUAGCAGAAUAAGACUCCUUUUGUGAAA